CAAACAGCGCCUCACCACCACUCAGCUUCUUCUCACUUGAGUUUGUGAUAUUAUUGUGGCUAGAGCAAGCGCGAUGGCGAGCAAGGUGCCUGCUGCACUGCUCUCAUGUGCUUUCUUGCUCCUACUAGGAGCCGCAUGCCAAGCAGCAGCUGGUCACUACAGUCCUCCGAGUCCUGCUUCGUGCGGGCUCAAGGUGGGGUACUACGACCACAAGUGUCCGCCUGCCGAGGCCAUCGUCAAGAGCGUCGUCAGAGCCGCCGUCCGGCGGAACCCCGGCAUCGGCGCCGGCCUCAUCCGCAUGCUCUUCCACGACUGCUUCGUCGAGGGCUGCGACGCCUCCGUGCUGCUGGACCCGACGCCGGCCAACCCGCAGCCGGAGAAGCUCGGCCCGCCCAACAACCCCAGCCUCCGGGGCUUCGAGGUCAUCGACGCCGCCAAGGCCGCGGUGGAGCGGGCGUGCCCGGGCGUCGUCUCGUGCGCGGACAUCGUCGCCUUCGCCGCCCGCGACGCCUCCUCCUUCCUCGGCGGCCGCCGGGUCGACUUCGACAUGCCCGCCGGCCGCCUCGACGGCCGCGCCUCCAACGCCUCGCGCACGCUCGACUUCCUCCCGCCGCCGACCUCCAGCCUCCCCGAGCUCGUCCAGAGCUUCGCCGCCAAGGGCCUCUCCGCCGAGGACAUGGUCGCGCUCUCGGGCGCGCACACCGUCGGCCGGUCCCACUGCUCGUCCUUCGUCCCCGACCGCCUCGCAGUGCCCUCCGACAUCAGCGCCUCCUUCGCCGCGUCCCUGAAGGGACAGUGCCCCGCGAGCCCCAGCUCCAGCGACGACCCUACCGUCGUGCAGGACGUCGUGACGCCGGACAGGCUGGACAACCAGUAUUACAAGAACGUGCUGGCGCACAGAGUCCUCUUCACGUCGGACGCCUCACUCCUCACGUCGCCGGCGACGGCGAAGCUGGUGGAUGACAACGCCAACGUCCCCGGGUGGUGGGAGGACAGCUUCAAGGUGGCCAUGGUGAAGAUGGCCAGUGUCGAGGUGAAGACCGGCAACAGCGGCGAGAUCAGGAGGAACUGCCGUCUCGUCAACUAGCUGUUCUGAUGAUAUACAUCAGCAGCAACCAUAAUAAUUCCUGUUCAUAAUUCCAUCUUGUUGCAUUAUUGCCAUUGUUUUGUUUCAUUAUAAGUAUAUGUCGACUUCAUUUUGUAUAUGGUUGCAAAUUUGGUAUUGGAUGAUCGAUAAUUAAUAAUAAAGCCAUAUCCGCUCUACGUACUUUGGAAUUUA